GGUUUCGGAUAGUGAAUCUUGCGGAGAUGUGUACCAUGACUUCUUCUAGAUUAAAUAGGAGUUGACAGAGGAUUUCUGGAUAAUUGGAGAUUUCUUUACCCAGCUUAUUUUGUUUCGGGGACUUCACGUCGGUUACGCUACGGAGGAGACAGAUAAGCCGUUGAAGGAGACAGGUGUUCUUCCCGCUUCAUCCAGCAUUGCUCCCCAGCGUUCUUACAUUUCCUAUUUUAAACAGUUAUUUAUUGAACUUUUUUGUUAUUUUUUAAACGGGACAGUUUCGAGUCAUGCGGUGGACAGCCGGACUCGUAUUGAUACUAUGCUGGGGAUCAUCGAGCAGUCAGCCACAGCGGGAUUCACCUGAGGAUGAUUCUUCCCUUAGCCAAGCGGACUCCUCAAGACAGCGGUCCCCGCCACCUGUGCAGGCCCUAGACUUUGGUUUCGUGCCGUCAGCCGUGUAUGAAACACACGCUUAUUAUGAGCCCGGUACCAUUGGAAUUCUGUUCCACAUGGUACACGCGUUCCUCUACGUGGUCCAACCAAACCCCUUUCCCAAAGAUUUGAUCGUUAGAAUCAUUCAGCAGAACAUGGGAGGCAUCAAAAUAGAGGAGUGGAGGAAGCCAGACAACGUGGUCAUGUUACUCCAGGCCAUCUACUAUGAGACGGGCUUCAUCGUGUGUGUGUGCGUGGGGUGUGUGUUCGUGCUGCUGAUGCCCAUCGUGGGGAUGUGCUUCUGUGUGUGUCGCUGCUGUGAGAACUGCGGCGGCGAGAUGCACCAACGCCAGAGGAAAAACAUCGACUGCCAGCGAGGGUUCUACACCACUGCGCUCAUCGCCACUUCCAUCUUCAUCACGGUGGGAGUUCUGUUUGCGUACGCUGCAAAUCACAACAUCAGCUCCCAGAUCAAGAGUACCAGACGUCUUAUCAACACCAACAUGAGAGACCUGAAGACCUUUGCCAACAACACUCCUGCACAAAUUGACUACUUGACAGCCCAGUAUUCUACCGCCAAGAACAAAGUCCUUUCAGACAUGGAUAACAUUGGGCCGUUGCUGGGAGGGAGGAUCCAAUCACAGCUGGAGAAAGAGGUGGUGCCAUCUCUGGAUACCGCCCUCCGCAUGGCUGGAGCCAUGCGGGAGACCAAGGAAGGCCUAGAGACGGUCAGCUCCUCUCUGGAGGUGCUCCAUGAGGGGACCGCCCGCCUGCAGGCCAGCCUGGCCGGGGAGCGCUCCUCCCUGUCCAACACCCUGUCGGACCCCGCCUGCACCAACGGAGCCGUGUCUCACACCUGCAACACCAUCCGCUCUACACUCACACAGCUGGGGGUCAACGCCGACUUCACCGGGCUUGCUGAUGUGGGCAAUCAGCUGGACAGUCUGGAUACCUUACUGAAGACAGACCUCAGCAACAUCGUCCAGAGGGGCUACUCAUCCUUCAAUGACACUCCCAGACUGGUGAAAGAGCAAACCAAGGACGUGGUGGCAGCAUUGCCUCGAGUAAAGGGAAUGCUGGAUAAGAUUGGAGGAGAGAUUAUUGGCUUUUCCAAGAUGUUCCCAGUGGAGCCAUCUCUGGCUAACUUCACCAUCUUCCUGGGUCAGGGCCAAAAGAACAUCGAGUCCUAUUACCCCCAGAUCGACCAGCUAGAUUUCUACAGGUGGAUAGGCUGCGUGACUGUUCUGUGUACAGUGGUACUGAUCCUGGCUUUCAACUUCCUGGGUCUGCUGUGUGGCACCUGUGGCUACGACAGACAGGCCACGCCCACCACCCGUGGCUGCCUCUCCAACACCGGGGGCAACCUGCUCAUGGCAGGGGUAGGGUUCACCUUCAUCUUUGCCUGGAUGCUGAUGGGGGUUGUAGGUGCUGGUUUCCUGGUCGGGGGAAACGUGGAGAAGUUGUUGUGCGAGCCUCUGGCUAACAAGCAACUGUUUAAGAUCCUAGACACUCCUUACAUGGUUCACCCAACAAAGAAGAACUUCCUCCCUGGAAUGCUAUUCCAGAAUCCCAACAUCGACCUCACUGUAGGAAGCAUGUACCGGGAGUGUGUGAAAAACAAUGGUCUGUAUCAUGCUCUGCAGCUGGAAACCAUGUUCAACAUCAACAGCUUCCUAAACAGGACUGUGUACAAUAAAGACCUGAGCAAAGUGUUUGAGGGUGUGAAGAUAGACCUGCAGAAUAUUCAGCUGCUGGACCCGGAGGGAAGAGACAACCUCAUCAACUUUGCCAACACUGGAGUGGGAGAGAUCAACUUUGCAGCCUACCUGGCUGAGGUGAACAAGGGCGUGACUCUGGUGGAUCUCUUGUCCUUCUGCAACGAGCUUGAGGCUCAGGCUGACCAACUGCCACGAGGAGCUCUGGAGAACGCACUGAAGGGCCAUGCCAGCAAUAUCAGACAGAUUCACAAAGAACAGGUGGUCCCAAUGGAGCAAGCAGUGAAAUUUGUGAGAGCUCGGAGUAGCCUCAGCUCAAGCAUUCGCUUACUGCAGAGAACAGCUCGUGAACUACCGGCCAAAGUCACAAAUGUCCUGAGUGCCAUCGACGCAGCCGAAUACCUCAUAACGCAGAAUGCAUCACAUGUGGUCAAGCAGGAAACAGGCGCCUAUAUACAGACUUUGGUGGGCUACUUCAAACAGUACACCACUUGGGUGAAGCAUUCUCUGACGGGGGAAGUGGCUCAAUGUAAACCCAUCAGUAACCUGAUCGACUCCAUGGAGAUAGUGACCUGCAGCUUCAUAGUGGACUCAGUGAACACGUUCUGGUUGGGGCUGGGAUGCUGCUGUUUCUUCCUCAUCCCCAGCACCAUCCUUUCUGUAAAACUGGCCAAGUACUACCGGAGGAUGGACACAGAGGAUGUCUUUGAGGAUAUGGUUAUAACAGGUUACCAUGGAGAGCAGGUAUUUGGUAUCCAUGGCAACCCAGCCAUGUUCAGUUGCCCAUCCUACAACACCCUGACUCGUUUCCCCCGAGCCUCUGCCCCUCCACAGUAUCCUGACUGGUGACACUGAGGAGGGCUCUCACCACCAGAGAGCGGCCAAGAGAACUGGAACUGACUUUGCCCUCACGGUGAACCAGAACUCCCUUCCCAACAAGCGACACAGAAAGAGGAGGGGCGGCACACCAAAGGGAGGCAAGAAUCAUUGUACUGAGAGGGCUCCUGUCCUGACCCCACCCUUCACUCCAAUAGACAAGGGUGUUGGUGAUCAGCCAAUUAGAAUCACCCAAAUGACCCCCAUCCCUGCACCACCACCACCACACAUUCUAGUAACCAAUCAGAGUUAAAAAAAAUUGAGAUGAUCAUUCUGUUUCAUUGGACAGUAUUCCUGAUGAAUGAGUGUUAUUUAUACAGUAAAUGGAUAUGUAUUAUAACUUUUUAGAAUAUAAGUUUGUUAUAACUUCAUGUGCAGUUCACCUCUCUGACAAAUGUACAUUUUAUACGCUUUCAAUACAUUUGAAAGUUUUAUAUGUUUUGUUUGUCCAUUUUUCUUUUAUAACCAUGUUUGUAGAUACUUUUUUUUCUCUCUCUCUCCUGUAUGUAUUAUGUCUGGGAAUGUUUGAUACUAUGGAAACUUGGUGCAAGCUUUGGCUCUGAAAGGCUCCAUAGCUGUAACCUGAUAGCUUGUAACAGAGACUCUAUUUCAAUUCCACAAGUAAAUAAAAAAAUAUUUUGUAAUAAGUUAAUUAUAAGAAGACAGUUUUGAUACUUUUUCCAAUUAAAUUUCAUUGAAACUGAUUUCCUAAAUUGACAGAAUUAAAGCAGGAUUGUCCCCACCCAAUGUUAGCAGAGAAGUAUCAGAAGGUACAAACAGCUCUUUAUAAUCGAUCAUGUUGUCUCAUCAUCAAUAGGCUGUACUUGCUCCAGUGUCUUAUGUAAACUACUGAGGUUGUCCUGCUCCAUGUUACUGCAGGAGGGACAGUGCUAUAAGCUACCAUUACUGUUAAACACACACACACACACUUUGUAACAACUAACAGACAUACUCAUACUGUAUCUUAUUGUAGACUUUUUUCUUCUUUUUUUUCAUAAGACCAUGUUAUCAGACUCUUAGGUGAUUGUGAAGUCAGACUUACAUAGCUGCGUCCCGGGUUUUGUGACUAGAUUGCCGGGUCACAGUGGUUGUGUGAUGUCACUUCCUGCUAUGUCUGAGCACACCAUUGUUGAGAGGUGUUCAAGCUGUGAAAACUGCGAAAUAAAGACUUCAGUCCAGUGAAUCUGGG